CUUUUCCAAAGUAAAGUCAGAGCAUACAGUUGUGUAUUGAAGGUUAGAGUACUUUAGGAUCAAGAAUAUCGAAGUUAGCUUUGUGCCGCAGCCAACGUGCCACAAACAAAUACACUCCUCUAUGGUUUUUACUUAGUCACCUAAUCAACUUGUUCUCCAAAACCCUAGGAUAUAGUCAGCCUUACACCCUAGUGCUUACAAUCCCCAGCAUCCUACCCGAUGCCCGCUGAUUGGUCUAUGACAUCAUGCCCCUCCCCCCACUAACCACACCACAACAACCAUCUUUACCUGAACACCCCGCCAACCAUACGCAUUCCAAGUCCUCCACCCACUCCUCUAAUCCCAUGAUCCUCUGAUCUUAUAUCCCACCAAACCCACCAAGCCCAACCCCCCCAAAAAAUAGCCAAGAUGGUCAAAUGCCCCGAAUGCGACGCAAACGCCGAUCUAACAAAAGACGGCGCAUGGGCGCAUUGCGCUUCUUGUAAUACAAUCUUCGAGCCAGGAAAAGAAGGCAGUCACUAUCGAGGCGGGGGCAGCGGGUCUGGUGAUAAGGAAGAAACGAAGAAGAAAGAAGAAAGUAGUAGUGAGAGCAAAGAUGACGGGAAGGGGAGUUAGUAAUGGGGGUUUUUUUUGAGAGGGUUUGAGGGGUGGUGUGGCGCAAAUUACUUGCAUAUGCGGGAAAUCGAAGGCGAGUAUGAUGGGGGUGGGGGGAAGUGCGUGCGGGGAAGUUAGACGCGUCUGUGUUCCCCCCCUCCCCUCCUCUCCCCGCGCUUUGGGAGGAUAACGGGGGAGUGUAAAGUGGGUAUGAGAUCGGCAUACGUUUGAAAUCGAAUGAUAAAUGUCUAUAGGAAUACUAC